AGAGUGUCGGGGACCCCCACUGCUGCCGCCCGCGGUCCAGCUCCCUCUCCAUCCUUUCAGACCGCUCCACCCCUCUCACAGCCUUUGUCCUGGCGUUUCCAGGCUGGGUCGCUCCUUUCUCCCCUUUCGCCGAGGUCUUCCUCCUUCCACCCUCCACCCCCAAGAAAGAUCUUUGCCCUUCCGUCAUGAGAUUCCGUCUGCCCUCGUCCGGGCCACCCGCAGCGGGAGGCUUUCAUCUCCUGUCUCGGCGCGGCGGGCUGGGAACGGAGGGGCAGCUGGAUGGUGGAGGGGCCUGAGCCUCAGGGACCUGCCCCCACUGCUGCCAUUCACCCUCCCUAACGCUGCCGUGGACACCCGCCUCCUCCAUACCCUCUGAUCCCUUCUGGGCCCCGCCCACUCGCCUCUGCCCAGCUGCUGCCCUCCCCAGGAGGCCUCUAUGGCUUCACCUACCUCCACCAACCCAGCGCAUGCCCACUUUGAGAGCUUCCUGCAGGCCCAGCUGUGCCAGGACGUGCUGAGCAGCUUCCAGGAGCUGUGUGGGGCCCUGGGGCUGGAACCCGGUGGGGGGCUGCCCCAGUACCACAAGAUCAAGGACCAGCUCAACUACUGGAGCGCCAAGUCACUGUGGACCAAGCUGGACAAGCGAGCAGGCCAGCCUGUCUACCAGCAGGGCCGGGCCUGCACCAGCACCAAGUGCCUGGUGGUGGGUGCUGGACCUUGCGGGCUGCGGGUCGCUGUGGAGCUGGCGCUGCUGGGGGCCCGAGUGGUGCUGGUGGAAAAGCGCACCAAGUUCUCUCGCCACAACGUGCUCCACCUCUGGCCCUUCACCAUCCACGACCUGCGGGCACUCGGUGCUAAGAAGUUCUACGGGCGCUUCUGCACUGGCACCCUGGACCACAUCAGCAUCCGGCAGCUCCAGCUGCUUCUGCUGAAGGUAGCAUUGCUGCUGGGGGUGGAAAUUCACUGGGGUGUCACUUUCACUGGCCUCCAGCCCCCUCCUAGGAAGGGGAGUGGCUGGCAUGCCCAGCUCCAACCCAACCCCCCUGCCCAGCUGGCCAACUAUGAAUUUGACGUCCUUAUCUCGGCUGCAGGAGGUAAAUUCGUCCCUGAAGGCUUCAAAGUUCGAGAAAUGCGAGGCAAACUGGCCAUUGGCAUCACAGCCAACUUUGUGAAUGGACGCACCGUGGAGGAGACACAGGUGCCGGAGAUCAGUGGUGUAGCCAGGAUCUACAACCAGAGCUUCUUCCAGAGCCUUCUCAAAGCCACAGGCAUUGAUCUGGAGAACAUUGUGUACUACAAGGAUGACACCCACUACUUUGUGAUGACAGCCAAGAAGCAGUGCCUGCUGCGGCUGGGGGUGCUGCGCCAGGACUGGCCAGACACCGAUCGGCUGCUGGGCAGUGCCAAUGUGGUGCCCGAAGCUCUGCAGCGCUUUGCCCGGGCAGCUGCUGACUUUGCAACCCAUGGCAAGCUCGGGAAACUAGAGUUUGCCCAGGAUGCCCAUGGGCAGCCUGAUGUCUCUGCCUUUGACUUCACGAGCAUGAUGCGGGCAGAGAGUUCUGCUCGUGUGCAAGAGAAGCAUGGCGCCCGCCUGCUGCUGGGACUGGUGGGGGACUGCCUGGUGGAGCCCUUCUGGCCCCUGGGCACUGGAGUGGCACGGGGCUUCCUGGCAGCCUUUGAUGCAGCCUGGAUGGUGAAGCGGUGGGCAGAGGGUGCUGAGUCCCUAGAGGUGUUGGCUGAGCGUGAGAGCCUGUACCAGCUUCUGUCACAGACGUCCCCAGAAAACAUGCAUCGCAAUGUGGCCCAGUAUGGGCUGGACCCAGCCACCCGCUACCCCAACCUGAACCUCCGGGCAGUGACCCCCAAUCAGGUACGAGACCUGUAUGAUGUGCUAGCCAAGGAGCCUGUGCAGAGGAACAACGACAAGACAGAUACAGGGAUGCCAGCCACCGGGUCAGCAGGCACCCAGGAGGAGCUGCUACGCUGGUGCCAGGAGCAGACAGCUGGGUACCCGGGAGUCCACGUCUCCGAUUUGUCUUCCUCCUGGGCUGAUGGGCUAGCUCUGUGUGCCCUGGUGCACCGGCUGCAGCCUGGCCUGCUGGAACCCUCAGAGCUGCAGGGGCUGGGAGCUCUGGAAGCAACUGCUUGGGCACUAAAGGUGGCGGAGAAUGAGCUGGGCAUCACACCGGUGGUGUCUGCACAGGCCGUGGUAGCAGGGAGUGACCCACUGGGCCUCAUUGCCUACCUCAGCCACUUCCACAGUGCCUUCAAGAGCACGGCCCACAGCCCAGGCCCUGUCAGCCAGGCCUCCCCAGGGACCUCCAGUGCUGUAUUAUUCCUUAGUAAACUUCAGAGGACCCUGCAGCGAUCCCGGGCCAAGGAAAAUGCAGAGGAUGCUGGUGGCAAGAAGCUGCGCUUGGAGAUGGAGGCCGAGACCCCAAGUACUGAGGUGCCACCUGACCCAGAGCCUGGUGUACCCCUGACACCCCCAUCCCAACACCAGGAGGCCGGUGCUGGGGACCUGUGUGCACUUUGUGGGGAACACCUCUAUGUCCUGGAACGCCUCUGUGUCAACGGCCAUUUCUUCCACCGGAGCUGCUUCCGCUGCCAUACCUGUGAGGUCACACUGUGGCCAGGUGGCUAUGAGCAGCACCCAGGAGAUGGACAUUUCUACUGCCUCCAGCACCUGCCCCAGCCAGACCACAAAGAGGAAGGCAGCGAUAGAGGCCCUGAGAGUCCGGAGCUCCCCACACCAAGUGAGAAUAGCAUGCCACCAGGCCUCUCAACUCCCACAGCCUCGCAGGAGGGGGCCAGUCCUGUUCCAGAUCCCAGCCAGCCCACCCGUCGGCAGAUCCGCCUCUCCAGCCCGGAGCGCCAGCGGUUGUCCUCCCUUAACCUUACCCCUGACCCGGAAAUGGAGCCUCCACCCAAGCCUCCCCGCAGCUGCUCCGCCUUGGCCCGCCACGCCCUGGAGAGCAGCUUUGUGGGUUGGGGCCUGCCAGUCCAGAGCCCUCAAGCUCUUGUGGCCAUGGAGAAGGAGGAAAAAGAGAGUCCCUUCUCCAGUGAAGAGGAAGAAGAAGAUGUGCCUUUGGACUCAGAUGUGGAACAGGCCCUGCAGACCUUUGCCAAGACCUCAGCCACCAUGAAUAACUACCCAACAUGGCGUCGGACUCUGCUGCGCCGUGCGAAGGAGGAGGAGAUGAAGAGGUUCUGCAAGGCCCAGACCAUCCAACGGCGACUAAAUGAGAUUGAGGCUGCCUUGAGGGAGCUAGAGGCCGAGGGCGUGAAGCUGGAGCUGGCCUUGAGGCGCCAGAGCAGUUCCCCAGAACAGCAAAAGAAACUAUGGGUAGGACAGCUGCUACAGCUCGUUGACAAGAAAAACAGCCUGGUGGCUGAGGAGGCCGAGCUCAUGAUCACGGUGCAGGAGUUGAAUCUGGAGGAGAAACAGUGGCAGCUGGACCAGGAGCUACGAGGCUACAUGAACUGGGAAGAAACUCUAAAGACAGCUGCUGAUCGGCAGGCUGAGGACCAGGUCCUGAGGAAGCUGGUGGAUUUGGUCAACCAGAGAGAUGCCCUCAUCCGCUUCCAGGAGGAGCGCAGGCUCAGCGAGCUGGCCUUGGGGACAGGGGCCCAGGGCUAGACAAGGGUGGGCUGUCUGCUUUCGUUCCCACAAAGAAACCACCUCACCCCAGCACAGUGCCACCCCUGUUCAUCUGGGCUGCCUGGCAGAGAGCCUUGCUGUUUACAAUUAAAAUGUUUCUGCCACAAA